AUCACAUGACUCCGGCUAGAUGUCACGCGGGCGGGCAGUUCUCCUCUGCUCGCUAUUGAAUGAACCACGUAACACUGCCGAGGAACAGUUUGAAGCUAAUUGUAUCUUCUCUCACUGGCGUCAGAUCGAAGAAAACAGGUGUUGCAGGAAUGAGUCAUAGCCAAGAACCAGGUGAAGGAGCAGACCAGGGUGUGGUGACGGGGCUGGUUUGUCAGGAGGCUGACCUCAAAGAUGGACAGAUGAAGGAGGUGAAAGUGGGGGAUCAGGAGGUGCUGCUGGUCCGGACUCAGGGUCAGUACAGUGCUGUUGGAAGCCGGUGCUCUCAUUACAAUGCUCCUCUCAUCAAAGGAGUACUGGUUGGUGACCGAGUGAGAUGUCCGUUUCAUGGUGCUUGCUUUAAUGUCAGAACCGGAGAUAUCGAAGAGUAUCCAGGUCUGGACUCUCUGCCCAGUUAUAAGGUAAAAGUUGAGGAUGGCAAGGUGUAUGUUUCCAUCAACAAAAAUUCUCUGAAGUUGACGAAGAGGGUGAAGGAGAUGUGCAGCAUGGUGCCGGGCAUCAAACACACUAUUCUGCUCAUAGGAGGAGGCCCUGCCUCCCUGGUUUGUGCUGAAACUCUACGACAGAACUGUUACCAGGGUCGAAUCAUUAUGGUAACCAAAGACAGCAUACCUCCAUUUGACAAGCCCAAACUGAGUAAGGCUAUGAAUGUGGACAGCAGCAGCAUCCUCCUCCGACCGAGUGACUUCUAUCAGCAGUAUGGGAUUGAAGUGUGGACACAGAAGGAGGCGGUGUCGGUGGAUACGGCUGAUAAGGCGGUGAAGUUGAGCGACGGCACUUUGCAGCACUACGACCAACUCCUCAUCUCAACUGGCUGUAGAGCGCGGCCGCUUGACUGUCCUGGAUGGGACCUGAAGGGUGUGACGUUACUGCAGAGAUAUGAAGACGCCAAAGAGAUUCACAACGCCUGUCUGGGCCAGAAAGCUGUCGUAAUCGGAGCCUCCUUCAUAGGUAUGGAGGUGGCGUCCUACUUAUCAGACAAAGCUGCCAGCGUGGCCGUGGUUGGCCCCUCCAGAUACCCGUUCGAAAAAUCUCUGGGGCCAGAGAUUGGCAAAAUGAGUAUGCAAAUGUUGGAGGAACAAAAUGUAAAGUUUUACAUGAACGAGAGAGUCACAGAGAUCCAAGGGGAGAACGGCAAGGUGAAGGGGGUGCUGCUGAAGAGUGGUCGAGUCCUGGAGGCGGAUGUGGUGAUUGUUGGAAUUGGUGUAAUCCCAAAUUCAGAUUUCUUGCUGGGAAGCAAGUUGGAAGUGAAUUCAGGGAAAGCUGUGAUUGUUGACAAGUUCAUGAGGACCAAUAUACCAGAUAUUUUUAGCGCUGGAGAUAUUACGUCUUUUCCUCUGAGCAUCCGAGGAGACCAAAGGGUCAACGUCGGUCACUGGCAAAUGUCACAAGCUCAAGGGAGAGUAGCGGGCCUAAACAUGCUGAAGAAACAAACCAAAUUCGAGUCUGUUCCUUUCUUCUGGACUGUGUUACUUGGGAAGAGUAUCCGAUACACAGGCUAUGGAGAAGGCUACACAGAAAUUAUAUUCCAAGGCAAAGUGGAAGAGAGGAAGUUCCUGGCAUUUUACAUCAAAGACGAUGAGGUGGUAGCUGCAGCGAGCUUUAUGUUCGACCCCGCGGUGGCUCGUCUUGCAGAGCUGAUGGCGACGGGCCACGUCUUCACAAAGGCACAGGCUCAAGCCGAUGACCUGAGCUGGCUGCAGAUGUAAGCAGAGGCCUGCUGUUUCCAGGAGAAACACGUUGCAGCGACGCAGGAUGUCGCCUUUCUCUUUCUUAUUUCCUUUCUCAAUGAAACCGUGCCAAAUUGGAUUGAUCCAUUUACUGCCUCUGGGAUGAAAGCCAACCAGACCUCCACUCCUUAUCAGAGCUGCAAGAAAAGCUUUUUGUACUUUGUGCAAUUUGAAUAAUCUUGUUUUUGUAUAAAAGUUAGCGCUGAGCUUCAGUCUGCAAUGUUCAAAACAACAGAUAAAGCCAGAAAUCUAGGUGUACUCAUGGACUCUGACCUGAG